CCGCGCGUCAACAACAUCCACAUGACGAUGGCGCUCAUGACUCCGCUGGCUCCGUCGGAGUCGCACCAGCACCUCGCGCCGUCAUUCACGGCCGCCAAGUCAGAGCUGGCGCGCUUCAACUCGCUCAAGAGGCUCGCCGACAAGGAGCUGAGCGAGUACUACGCCAAGAAGCACCACCUGGUGGAGAUGGCCUCGUGCGGCACGCUGCCGCUGCGCGUGCCGCACCCCGACCGGCAGCAACGCGGCGGCGAGCAGCAGCAGUGGGAGCAGCGCGAGCGCGACCACUGGGAUCAGUGGGACUACCGCAAGCAGCGGCCGGCGUCAGCGGCGGCCGCAGCGGCGGCUGCGCACGUGCGCACCUACGGCUCGACGCCGACGCUGGCCGACGUCGCUCUCGCGCCGUACGUCGGCAUCGGCGGCCUCGAGGCCAACGGGCAGGCCGACGGCUACCCGGGCAAGCAGCGGCUCCUCCACGAGUUCCUGCAGAGGGACCCGCGGGGCUUCUCCACGCAGCCGCGCCACCAGCACCACCACUACCACCACUACGGCACGUGGCGCACGGGCUCCGAGAAGGGCUGGAAGUACCACACGGACAUCUACGGCUCGACGCCCACUCUCAACAAGGAGCCGCGGCAGAUGACGCAGCGGCUGCCGCACUACCCCACGCAGGACUCGCUCGACCGGCACCACGUGGGGGGCCGCCGCACGCCGCGCGACUUCCCCGGCACGCCGGGCGGCGCUCGCCGCACAGGGGCCGGCGGCGGCGGCGGCUUGCCGCGGCCCGACCCCCGCUACGGCACGGCCUCCCGCUCCGGCAUGCCGCAGACGCCGGACGGCUACGGCGGCUCAACGCCGGGACUCGGCCGCAAGCGCCUGUCCCGCCGCUCGCUCCACCGCAGCGACCACCACCUGCUCGCCGGCGACUCGUCGGAGGACUACGAGUACCCGCCGGCGCCGCAGGGGGCGCGCCGCGGCUACUGCCACCGGCGGCGCUCGCCGGACGAGCGCGAUGGCGUCGGCACACCGCCGGCGCUGCCGCCGCGGCUCCCGCCGCGCUCCGUCAUCUCGUCGGGGUCGUCCUCGGCCGCCGGGGGGAACAGCGCCACGCCGGACCGGGCGGCGGGGCGGGUUCGGCGCGGCGACCGUGACGACACGGCGACACUGCCCUACACGCCACGCUCCACGCCGACCGCCCACCGGCUGGCGCGCCGGCAGAGCCUCGGGGGCGGCGUCGGUGACGCGCCGGGCCCGCCGCCGCCGCGGGCGCCGCCGCCGACGCAGGCCGAGACGCUGCGGACUUGGAACAUGGCGAGCUCGACGGCCAAGCGGCAGGCGUUCGCCGGGCGCCGCCACCUGACGCUGGAGCAGCUGAACUACGCGGCGGCGCAGCAGAAGCUGCAGCAGCAGCAGCAGCAGCAGUGGCAGACGCCGCCACACGCGGGCACCAAGAGCCGCAACGAGGUCACCGUGUGACCUCGCCGGGUCGCGACCGUUUUUACUCCUGGCUCGCCGUGGCCGGGACGGCUCGUUUUCUUUUGUACGGGGUUUUUUUCUCUCCCGACGCUGACAGGGUUCCUCCGUCGCAACGCCGCCAGCGUCCGGCCGCGAGGCGGCCACGGCCACGGCCCUAAAUCUGCGCGGAUUCUCCCGAGUCCCGGGACCGCGACAGGGGUGGCCGUCGCCCCGACCCAGUGGAGCCUCCGACGCGAAAGGGCGGGAGGUGGGGGGCGAAGCGACGUCUGCGGAACGACUUUAUUUUGUCUUUCGUCUUUCCUAUACACCCACAGACCGACCGGCGUACUGAAUGCAUGAGAUUACUCCGCCAUCGAUUCCUUCAGAAGUGGACGCUCGGACUUUCAGGUUGCGGCGCUUUUGGGUUUAUCUUUUUUUCCUUUCCUUCCCCCGACCGUCGCGGGUGCUUUCCUACGCGUUUUACAUUUCGGGGUUCGCCGCUAAACGUACGGACGUAUCCCGUUGGUUACCGGGAGGAGGGGUGGGGGGGGGGGUAGAACGAUGAGCGGCACUCCCCGUACCACCACCCCCCCUUCCGUCCCGUGGUAAACUCGAAAUUAUUUUAACAAAAAAAAUGAGCGCACCACGCCUGGUUUACUUUGGGAGAGGACGUCUCAAACAACUUCCAUAGAGGCGGCGCCGAUGAAGGAAUCUUUAACGAAACUUCAGGGCCACGAAAAAAUAUAAACGGCGCUGGCCUGGACAGUUCGGCAAUGCGGUCGGUUUAGGCGAUGGCGGCGGAUCCGUUGAUCGCCGCUGGACUAUCAUCAUCAUCAUUAUUAUUACUACGCAUUGCGAGCGAUCGAGAGAGAGGGAGGGAGGGAGGGCAAACAAACGACCAGUCUACAAACUGCCUUCAGAGUUCAAAGUUUGGGGCGCUGACCCGUGCCUGAACGCGUGCGCAGCUCAAUCUUGAAUAUAGCGAAACGGAAUAUAGCGAAACGGAAUGCCAAGCCCGGUGGGGGGGGGAGGGGAAUUCUCGCUUUACCUAGCGAACCUGAAGGUAAGCGGCUAUUCAAGAACUAAAACCGAGAGAAAAACCCCCCCACUGGCUAGUUUACCUGCCUGUUUAGCCACUAGGUAAUUUGGUUUUGGUUUUCCCCUUGCAGGUCCGCUUUUUUGUCUUGUUUUGGCCGACGAUACAAAUGCAAAAAAAGCGAGCGACGCAGAUUUGGGACCGGCACAAGCGCCUUUGCCAUGGCGGCGGUGGCUUGACUUGCCGAUCCGGAGGUCAAGAGGUCGCUCCCCCCCCACCACCGCCACCAUAACCCCCCCUCCACUGUCGAGAUCCUCACCUCCGGGUGCUUUAACGCGAUUCGGUUCCCGAUGGUUCGGCCUUCCCGGGGGGGCGGGAGUA